AUGAUAUGGAAUUUUUUUAAAAUUCAAAAAUAUUCUAUCUAUUAUUUUCAUCUCCGUGACAUUAUUAGACGUAUCUAUCUAUCUAUCUAUCUAUCUAUCUAUCUAUCUAUCUAUCCUUUUCAAUUUCUCAUAUCUUUCUUUCCUUUCUCUGUCUCUAUCGAUUUUCCUCUCUCUCUCAUUCUUUCUAUUCCUCUCACUAUUUCUUACUCGCUCUUUUUCUCCUUGUUCUUCUCUCUUUCUACCUCUUCCUUUCUCCUCUUACUCUUUCUUUCUCUACUAUUAUCUUAUGUUUAUAUUUCUCUCCAUUUUUCUCACUAUAUCUCUCCUUAUUUCUUUCUCUUACUCUUUCUCCUUAUUAUCUUGCGAUUUCCUUCUUUCCCUCCCUCCCUCUCUUCCUUCCUUCCUCCCUUUUUGUUUUCCUCAACCCCCUCUCUAUCCUCUCGUUCUUUCUCUCUCUUCAUUACCCAUUUCUCCUUUUAUAUCUCUCUUUCUUUCUCUAUUUUUCUUAUUCUCUUUUUCUUUUUUUACCGUUUUUCUUAUACUAUCUUUUAG